AAAAGAAAUAACACUCGCAUCCUCACCACCACCGAACCAAAAUCCAGCGCCAAAGAUGAGGGUCUCUGCCCUCUCAAGCUCCUUGCCCACCCUCCCACCAUCACCAUCACCAUCAGAAACUCGGAAGCCUCAAAUCCUCUUCAAUAAUUUCACCACCACCCAUGGCAUUUCUGCUGAUUGGGCUAAGAAAUCCCUGAUUGGAGCUCUAUCCGGAGCUCUCUCCUUCGGGAUCCUCUUCUCGUCUCCGUGCUCCAUUGCAUUUCAGUCUCCAACAGUUCAAUCACCUCCUCCUCCUCCUCCUUCUACUUCUUCGUCUUUGUCUACUACACAUGACGCAUCGCCUGAGCUCUGCCGCGAAGACGAGCGACUAGUGAAGGCCGAGACUGGUCCGGAAGUGGUGACUAACGAGGGGAUUGUGGAGGAAGCUUGGGAAAUCGUCAACGACAGUUUUCUCGACACCGGUCGCCAUCGCUGGUCUCCCCAAACAUGGAAGCUUUUUAAUUCCUGGGACUGUUUGAGUGCCUAAUGGCUAAUACGGGGCCCCUUUGACGUAUAUAGCCUUUAAAUGCUUCCAGCGAAAAAAAGAAGAUAUUCUGACCACUUCCAUUCCGACGAGGUCAAAGGCCCACGAUAUUAUCAAACGAAUGUUGGCGAGCUUGGGUGAUCCUUAUACGCGUUUCCUUUCCCCUGAAGAGUUCACCAAGAUGGCAAGGUAUGACAUGAGUGGUAUUGGGCUAAACCUUAGGGAAGUUCUGGAAGAUGAUGGUGGUGUAAAACUGAAGGUACUAGGACUCCUGUUGGAUGGCCCUGCACAUUCUGCUGGUGUUAGACAGGGGGAUGAAGUGUUAGCUGUUAAUGAAGUAGAUGUGAGAGGGAAAUCAGCGUUUGAAGUAUCAUCUUUGUUACAAGGCCCAAAUGAAACAUUUGUGACUAUUAAGGUGAAGCAUGGGAACUGCGGGCCUAUUCAAUCUAUUGCAGUCCAGAGGCAACUUGUUGCUCGAUCCCCUGUCUUUUAUCGUUUGGAGCAAAGUGAAAAUGGCAAUGCUUCUGUUGGCUACAUGCGAUUAAAAGAGUUCAAUGCAUUGGCUAGAAAAGACUUGGCGACCGCCAUGAAGCGACUUCAGGAUAUGGGAGCCUCAUAUUUUGUUCUGGAUCUUAGAGAUAACCUUGGUGGAUUAGUGCAGGCUGGAAUUGAAAUUGCCAAACUGUUUCUAAAAGAAGGGGAGACGGUGAUUUAUACCGUUGGAAAGGAUCUUCAGUACCAAAAUACUACUGUGGCGGAUGCUGCACCAUUAGUUACAGCUCCAGUUAUUGUUUUGGUGAACAACAAAACUGCCAGUGCUAGUGAAAUUGUUGCUUCUUCGCUGCAUGAUAAUUGUAGGGCUGUUCUUGUGGGGGAAAGGACUUUUGGAAAGGGUUUGAUUCAAUCUGUAUUUGAACUUCAUGAUGGAUCUGGUGUGGUUGUUACCGUUGGGAAGUAUGUCACACCAAAUCACAGGGAUAUAAAUGGCAAUGGAAUAGAGCCUGAUUAUCGAAAUUUCCCAGCUUGGAGUGAUGUCAGGCAGCAUCUAUCUCAGUGCAGUAAGCUUCAGCAAGGAUGAAACAGAGGUACAUGAUUCUGAUUCGAUCAGCUCAGAAGAAAUUACUCCGGCGAUCACCAUGGAAGAAAUUUGCAUUGAAGCUGGGUAUGAGGGGCUUUCAAUCCAAUUCACUGCCUCAAGAAGAUUUCACGGCCAUUAUUGUUUAUACUUGAAUUUGCUGGAAGACUGUAAGUAGCCACUAGCACGCCAGGCUCAUCAAAUAAAACCCCUAUUGUUGUAAGAAACUUAUUCAUAUUCUCUUCAUUAUUAUUGAAAAGAAAAAUAUUUAGUUCACUUACUCUAUAGUUCGACAAUGGUAAUAGCUUGUACUGUACUGAGACAAAGUAGAACUGAUCAGUAUUAUACUAAUGCAGCAUUGAAACAGAAAGUCAGAAUAUGCAGAGUUUUUAUUUUAAA